GGUAUGUCCCGCUGACCCCUUCCAACUCCACGGUCGACCACCUGUCGGUGAAGGACAAUUUUGAUGUAGUGAGGACCAUUUGAAAUGGAAGGAUAGGAAAAGGGAAGAAGGACCGUUUGAAAUGGAAGGAUAGAAAAAAAGGAAAAAAGGAUCGUUUGAAAUGGUAGGAUAGAAAAAGAUAGACGUCAUGCACAGAUGAGAGGAAGAUAUAAGAAAAAAUAUAGAUGAAAUUUGUUAGUUAGUAGUUGAAAAUAUAGACCAUUGAAUUCGUGAACAUCACAAGCAAAAAUUUAAAUCCCGUGAUAGUAGCACAAGAAUACUGUCGGUCAGAACGGACGGUGUCGGAUUGUUCAAGUUAAGGUUAGGACAAACGUGGCGUGAAUUUGUUCGCCCUGAAAAUUAACAUUUUGAUCCAAAUUGUAGCUUUAAACGGAAUAGUAUUCCACCUGCACAAUUGUUGGGAAGAAGAAGGAUUACGUAUUGAACCGAUCUUUUAGCUGAUUCAUGCUGAAAAGCCGUUUAUUCAAUCCACCCAACAAUCUAAAAGAUCGUCCAAGAUAACCACGAAGCAAUGCCGAAUUGUACAGGAAGUGCCCCCACCGUGGAAACACACUGUAACCAGUGUAAUGAACCUGACACGGAUCGGAUGGUAAGCUGUUGUCACUGCGAUUCGUGGUGGCAUUUUACCUGUGUGGGUGUGAACGACAGCAUUGAUGCGACAGACCGACCGUUUACAUGCCCAAACUGUAAGAGACCGUCGGCACAGAUUCCGGUGAUUGAUGCACCCGGAAGCAAGGCUAACAGCAAAGCAGGAACGAGCACUUCAACCUGUAGUGCUGGAGCAAUAAGGGCUCGCCUACAGCUCGAGAGACUUGAGGCCCAGAAGGCUUUGGCGAUGAAGCGUAUAGAGUUGGAGCGCCGGGAGCACGAGCGGAAGAUGGAGCAAGAGAAGCAGAAAAAGGAAGCAGAGUUUGAGCGGAGGCAAUUGCAGCUAGAGCAGGCGGUAAUGAACGAGUCAUUCCGUUUGAGAGAGGUGAUUGACCUAGGUGGGGAAGGCGAUGAAGACAACCGGAGUGUCGCCUCAGUGCAGAGUUCCUUCAGCAAGGUACAGCAGUGGAAGGCCGCCCAUUCGACGUUGGUUGUCCCGACGGAGAAGGCUCCAGCUAUUGGUACGAGUAACGCGACGACCGCAACUGGAAUACAAGCUAGGCAGGAUGGCAUGCAGCAACCAACUAGCAUUAACGAGGGUAUUCUAGAAGCAGCGUUGGCAGGUAUUUCGUUUGGGCAGUCAGGGUUUGAGCCAACGUUAGGGGGUAUUAUCGGUCGAGCCGAAAGCACAACAGCGCCAAUAGUUGGUAGAGGUCAGGCUAACAUUUUCUCGGUUACCUCCGCGCUCACCAGGCCUAGCAAAGGCAUCGCAAAUGUAAUCCCCAAGCAGCAUGCUUUCCAAAACUAUCCCUUUCCUCUCACCCAGCCUCCUCCAGCAGGCAAUUCGUUUGUCAUUCCGCGAGUUGGUAAUCCGAAUUUUGCAAUCGCCGCGCAAUCGACCGCAGUGAAUAGAGAUAGUGCAGGCCCAAUUAGAGGUCCAGUGACAGUGGAAGAAUUACUGGGAGGAGAGUAUUCCCAGUCGUACGCCGGCCAACCGUUACCGUCUGUGAUCCCCACUGAGCAAAGGUUUUCGAGAAGGCAGACGGUGCCACCAGGAAUCCAAUUGGGACCGCAGGAGCAACCACGGUUUGCGGAGUUCCAGGCUGGUGCGCAGCAACCUCCGUUGCAUGACGAGCAGGCGUAUUGGGGACCGACACCGCGACAAUUGGCGGCAAGACACGUGAUGAACAAGGAGUUGCCAAUCUUUUCUGGUAAUCCGGAGGACUGGCCGCUAUUCAUUAGCUCGUACGUUAACUCUACUCAGACGUGCGGGUUUUCGAACGAGGAAAAUUUGGCGAGGUUGCAACGGUGUUUGAAGGGGCACGCACUUGAAUCGGUGCGGAGUCGACUGUUGCUACCGGCGAGCGUCCCAAAUGUUUUAGCUACGCUGGAGACACUUUAUGGUAGACCGGAAUUGUUGAUCCAUGCGUUGUUGCAGAGGAUCCGAGGGGUACCUGCGCCAAAACAGGAAAGAUUAGAUACGCUAAUCGGUUUCGGUAUGGCGGUGCAGAAUUUUUGUGAUCAUCUGGAAGCCGGGAGGCAUGAAGCGCAUCUCAACAAUCCGAUGCUACUGUUCGAGUUGGUAGAGAAGCUUCCAGCACAUAUGAAACUGGACUGGUCGCUAUACAAGCAGCGCUGCGUGGAAGUGAACCUGCGUUCUUUCUCGCAGUAUAUGCAGACGCUCGUGCGAGCGGCAUCCGACGUGACCGUGAACUACGAUCCUAGGCCGCAACCUGUACAGCAGCAGCGAAUAGUGAAGGAGAAGAACGGAAAGGACAAAAACUUCUGCGGAACUCACUCAAUGGAGGAUUCUUCUUUGAUGGCGACGAACAAAGAAGCAUCUGGCGUUACGAUGCGCCCAUCAAGCCCAGCGUGUUUCAUUUGCAAAAACCCGGGGCAUCGGGUAAAAGACUGCUCAGAGUUCGACAAGAAAACGGUCGAUGAACGCUGGGAGACAAUACAGAAACUCGGCUUGUGUCGGCUCUGUCUUGGAGCACACGGAAGGCGCCCCUGCAAGAAUCGCAAGCAAUGCGAUAUCGACGGGUGUCAACGGCGUCACCACCCUUUGCUGCACUCCAAACGGGACACAAAUGAAGCCCAGCAGGCCAGGGAAAACGGAAAGACGCCAGGAAAUGGCUGUAAGAAGUUUGGGAACGACGGAAAUUCGGCGAAGAAUGGGUCCAGGCAAGAAUCGAAUGAAGCUAAGCCAAGUAGUUCCAAAGCUGUCACCAACCAUCAUUCCGCUGGGAAGACUACGCUUUUUCGUAUUAUUCCAGUGACUUUGUAUGGGAACAAUCGAUCUGUGUCCGUGUAUGCUUUCUUGGACGACGGCUCGGAGAGAACGCUGAUUGACGAAGAGUUGGUAAAGGACCUUGGGGUUGUAGGAGAUCCGCAACCAUUGUGCUUGCAGUGGACGGCGAACGUGAAGAGGUCAGAAGCUAAUUCUCAACGGAUCGCAUUGGAAAUAGCAGGACGGUCAGGGGCAUCCAAACAUUUUUUGUCGGACGUGCGCACCGUAAGCAAGCUGGACUUACCACGACAAUCCUUGCGGUACGCGGAACUCGCAGAAACCUUUCCGUACCUAAAGGGCCUACCGAUCGAUGAUUACGAUCAAGCGGUACCGCGCAUCCUCAUCGGAAACGACAACGCUCACGUUACAUCGACACUCAAGCUACGAGAUGGCCGACCGGGAGAGCCGAUAGCAGCAAAAUCACGUUUGGGAUGGACGUUUCCACAUAUGCGAGUGCCAGGAGGCCGAGCAGACCCUACAUGA